AUGUACAGAUUUUUGUGUUGGCAUAAAAUAUAUCCUAUACAGUUUCCAGAAUUUUCGGAGAAUAUCAAAACAAAGAAAUUCGUUCUGAUACAUGGAGAAGGAUUUGGAGCAUGGUGUUGGUACAAAAGUAUAGCUCUAUUGAAAGAAUCAGGAUUACUUCCCAUUGCCUUAGAUCUCAUGGCAUCUGGCAUUGAGUUGACUGAUACAAACAGGGUCACUACUCUAGCAGACUAUUCAAAACCUUUGAUUGAUUAUUUGCAAAACCUACCAGAGGAUGAAAAGGUAAUUCUAGUUGGUCACAGCAGUGGAGGGGCUUGCAUUUCUUAUGCUUUGGAGCAUUUCUCAUGGAAGAUCUCCAAAGCAGUAUUCCUGUGUGCUACAAUGGUAUCUGAUGGGCAGAGGCCUUUUGAUGUAUUUGCUGAAGAGGUAGAGUUUCAAUAUUUGACUAUGCAUACCACAGUCUAA